GGUAAGUUAGAAUUGUAUUAUUUUAAUAAAAAGAAUAAAUGUACAACAGUAAUAGAAUAGAAAAUAAUAGUCUUUAUUGUCAUAUUAUAUUGUAAUAAAUGAAGGUUAGAUAAUUUAUGGUAAUUAAUUAAUAUGUAUUUAAUGCAAAAAAAUCAUAACCUCAAAAAAUAUAAAUAAAUUAUAAUAAGACCUCAGGAGGCGCAAUAUCUGUAUCAUGAUCUAAACUCGGUCUGUGGUUUCCUGCUGUACAGGCAGAGAAGAGCAGAGGGUUUUUUUCUCUCAAAAGCUCACAGACAGAAGAUCAACAACGAGGGGUAGCGCGAGUUUUCACUUGUGUGCUGGAAAAGAAAGACAGACUGGGCCACCAGUGAUGCAGCAGCGUGUAUGAGGAUCAACCCCCUCUUUCCGGCUUUCACUUAACUACAUUCACAAGUAAGAAAACCCCAACAGUGAACCGACGAUGAACGUGACGGACGCCGGCUGCGGGACCCCUUCAGCAGAGUUCCAGUACUACCUGUUCCCAGUCAUCUAUACUCUGGCUCUAACUGUCGGACUUCCUGGAAACCUAUUGGCUCUCUUCUACUUCACCUUCAAGAUCACUCCCCGGACAUCCUUCAGUGUUUACAUCAGUAACCUGGCUCUGGCAGACGUCGCCAUCCUCUGCACGUUACCUUUCAAAAUUCACUACCACCUCAACAACAACAACUGGGUGUUUGGGGACGUGGCCUGUCGCAUCAUAGGGGUUCUGUUCUUCGCCAAUAUUUACACGAGCAUCUGCUUCAUGACUUGUAUCUGCUUGGAUCGCUACAUCGCCACGCUACAUCCACACACCUACCGCAGGCUGCGGAGACCGCAGCACUCCCUGAGUGUGAGCAUAGUGCUGUGGAGUGUGGCCGGUGUGGCUAUGCUCAUCUUCGUCCUCAUGGGACCCCUAGAAACCAACGUGGAUAAACCAGGAAGCCACAGCUGCUUUGAGAACUUUGCCAAACACGAGUGGGACACGCGCCUGUGGACAUACUCCGUGCUCAGUCUCAUCUUCUGCUCUCUGCUGCCCUCUCUCAUCAUCCUGGUGUGUUACCCACUGGCUGCGAGGCGAAUCUCCUUGAUCAAGACCAAAACAGCCCAGAGGGCGGUGAGGGUCAUCUACACCAUCCUGGCCAUCACGCUGCUCUGCUUCCUGCCCAACCAUGUUGUGUAUCUGCUGCACUUUCUCCGACGAAUGGAUGUCAUCAAGAGUUGCUCCACCGCCAACCAGAUCUUCAUCGCCCGCAGGGUCACCAUGGCCCUCGUCACCCUUAACACCUGUCUGGAUCCUGUGCUUUACUACGUCACCACCAGCCACUUCAAAUGGAAGCAUGUGUUCCUGAAGUGGCUGUUUGGACGAGUACGGAGGAGGACUGGUGUUUACACCAUCACUGUGAGCUGAGGGCCAGAGAAAUGACAAUGUAUAUCAUAUGUAAUU